UCUACACAACCUUCCAAAUUAGGGUUUCUCUCUCCUCGGAGCGUAGAAGAUACUCUCCAACAUCCUCCGGCAAGAUCAGUAGGUCCAAUCUUUAACUCUUUUAACCUUCCCCUGUCUCUCCGGAACAUGCACCGAGAGCAAGGUGCUGGGGUGGGAUUGGAAUGGACGAAAGUGGGGGAGGGUAUAACAACGGCGGCGGGGACCAGAUGGAUCAGUUCCACCGCAACGAGGCGAUCUCUGCCGUCGACGACGUGGGGUUCCUCGGCGAGGAGGAGGAGGACGACUAUGAGGACUUGUACAACGAUGUCAAUAUCGGGGAGAACUUCCUCCAGACCAUGAGGAAGGCCGAGGAUACGGGUUACCGGCAACAGGGUGCAAAGGUCGAGCCGCCAUCUACGCCGCCCCCCGCAGCCUUGCCUGACUCUGGCUCCGGCGUGGCGAUACCGGGUGUUGGUGGUGGUGUUGGUAGCGGCAGCGGUGUUGGGGAUUCUGGGGCUCCGGGGUGUCAGAAUGUAGGGUUUAGAGGGGAUGAGGUGAAUAAACCGGGUGGAUCGAGGCCGGUUGUUGCGGGUGGUGGUGGGAUCAGAGUUGAAUUAGGGCAGAGGCGGGUUGCAGUAAAGGAGGAGGUAGAGGAGCAAAGUGGGAAUAGAAGCGAUGUUGGGGGUCAAGGGUUUGGGCAGUCAUCACGGGGUGGCGACACUCCGAUGAACUUGGGAAAUGUUGUUAGCUCUGGAAAUGAAGGUUUAGUUAGGCAGAGUGGAGGAGGGAGCUUGAAUGGAGCUGCUGGUGGAAAUGGAGUUGUGAACACGGCCGUCAAUACUAGUGUUACCUCUGCUGCUGCUGCUGGCGGCGGCGGCGGCGGUACAACACUGUUCGUGGGGGAUUUACACUGGUGGACGACUGAUUCUGAGCUCGAAUCAGAGUUGUGCAAAUAUGGGCCCGUGAAGGAGGUGAAGUUCUUUGAUGAGAAGGCGAGUGGGAAGUCGAAAGGUUAUUGCCAAGUCGAUUUUUAUGACCCAGCAGCUGCUACGGCUUGUAAGGAGGGAAUGAAUGGGCAUGUUUUCAAUGGUCGGCCCUGUGUUGUUGCUUUUGCGUCGCCAUACACCGUUAAGAGAAUGGGAGAGGCGCAAGUGAGUAGAAACCAGCAGAUGGCUCAGUCCACGGUUUCACAGACAAGGAGGGGACCAAAUGAUGCCGCACCUAAUAAGCCGACUGGGAGUAAUAUUGCCACUGGUGGGAAUUACCAAGGUGUGGAUAACAACAGAGGCUAUGGAAGAGGCAAUUGGAGAGGGAACGCGCAGGGAAUGGGUGGACGAGGUCCUGUUGGGCCCAUGAGGAAUAGGGGCCCUGGAAUGGGCGGCAGAGGAAUUAUGGGGAAUGGUGGCAAUGGUUUUGGCCAGGGAAUGGGUGGUGCACCUCCCUUGUCGCAUCCGCUGUCAAUGAUGGGCCAAGGUUUUGACCCUGCUUUUGCAGGUCCAAUGGGGAGGAUGGGGAACUAUGGAGGAUUUCCAGGAGCUCCUGGACCUCCUUUCCCUGGGAUGAUGCCCUCUUUCCCUCCUAUGGGUAGUGUUGGUUUGCCUGGUGUAGCUCCUCAUGUGAACCCAGCAUUUUUCGGCAGAGGGAUGCCCAUGAAUGCGAUGGGAACGAUGCCCGGCUCAGGUGUUGAUGGCCCUAAUAUGGGGAUGUGGUCUGAUCCCAGUAUGGGUGGAUGGGGUGGUGAGGAUCACGGUGGGGGUAGGGGUGGAGAGUCUAGUUAUGGAGAAGAAGCUGGGUCUGAUCAUCAAUAUGGUGAGGGCAGUGAUAGAGGAGGGGCUUGGCAAAAUACCACAAAGGAAAAGGAUAGGAACUUCGAGAGGGACUGGUCAGGUUCGUCUGAAAGAAGGUACCGUGAUGAUAAAGAACCGGGAUAUGAUAGGGAGAUGCUCAGAGAGAAGGACGGGGGUCAGGACCAUGAGUGGAGGCACCGCGAGGAGAGGGAUACUGGCCGUGAACGUGAGAGGGAGCGAGACCGGGAUCGGGAACGUUCUCGUGAUAGAGAUCGUGAGAGGGACCGAGCUAGGGAUCGCAACCGGGACAGGGAUUCGGAGCGGUAUAGGGAUGACAGAGAUAGAUAUGCUGAUCAGUAUAGGUACAAGGAUCGUGAGGCUGAGCAUGUUGAUGAGUAUGAAAGGGGGCGGUCAUCGAGAACUCCCAGCAAGUCAAGGAUGUUGCCUGAAGACGACCACCGCACCAAAAGUAGGGAUGCUGAUUAUGGGAAGAGGCGGCGCCUUAUCUCUAAAUGAAAAUACCGAAAUAUUAUGUGCUUAUUUCCCACUAAGCAUGGGAAGACAAAGCAACAAAUAAGAGUAUGGCUCUAUCAAGCUGGCUAAUCCUUCUCCAACGGUUUCGUGGUGUCUUCCAUUUGUUGAAAGGUGGUUCGGCAUAUGUUGCCGAGAGUUUCUGUUUAGCUUCUUCUCACUGUUGGGGGCAUGGUUCAUUUCCUCUAGAGAACACAAUCAGGUACAAGUGUAUGAUUGCGUCUUCUUCUGAUGUGAUGAACCAUCUUUCUUCCGUAAGGGUUAAAAAAGGUUGGCUCUAGAACAUGUAACAGACAAUGGGACUGAAGCUGGACUUAUGUGGAACUCUGGAUCCUUGGAGAUGACUGGAGACCCUUCGACCGUGUCCUAGUGGAGAGGAGCAGCACCUAGCAAGUGCACGGAGUUAUCAUCUAUUUUUAUUUGACUCUUUUAGAAAAAGAACCCUCUGGACUUUAUGUUUAUCUACUGAGAUGACUAGCAAACCGAUUCUUGUGGAUGAUGAUGUUAUGGCUUGAAACUGAUGAGGGCCUAUGAUGUGUUGUAGAUUACUUUUAACCAUCUGAAUAGUGCUGCUGUACUAGGAGGAUCUAGCAGAAGGUGUUGCUGAUGUUCUUUCUUCCCCCCUUUUACCUGUAAUCGGCUGUUCUGUUGUAUACUCUCUCGUAUUCACCCGAUCCUCUUUGUCUUCUGCAGUAACCUAUACCACCGCUGACGAGCUGCCUGACAAACAUGUUUCACUGAUGUUUUUUAUAAAUUACUGUGUAUAUAAGCUGAGUAGCUAAUCCCGUUGUAACUGCA